CCGGCAACAAUAUCGCAGCUUUGUUCUAGUUGCUCAACGGAUCGCCCCUUCAAGUCAAUCAUCUCAAAAUCCAUCGUCAUGUCUGCCGAAUACGAGCACGAAAACGGCCGUUAUGAUGACGAGCCACGCUUCGCUCGCGACCGCAGCGCCUCUCCCCGUGAUGAGCCGCGAGCCGAUCGUGCCCGUAGCCGUUCUCCAAACGGUCGCCUUGACGAGCGUGGUCCCAUUGAUCCCCGCAAGCAGCUUGAUGAUGACGAGGGUGCUGUCAACACUGGCUCUAACCUCUUCGUCACCGGAAUCCACCCACGUCUGACUGAGUCCGACAUCUCACGUCUGUUCGAAAAAUACGGAGAUGUUGAGAGCUGCUCGAUCAUGGUCGACCCUCAUACUAAGGAGUCCCGAGGCUUUGGCUUCGUCAACAUGGUGACUGCUGAGCAGGCAGAUGCAGCCAAGGAGGGCUUGCAAGGUGAGGUUAUUGAAGGCCGCACUCUAAGCAUUGAAAAGGCUCGUCGUAGCCGUCCUAGAACCCCGACUCCCGGUAAAUACUUUGGACCUCCCAAGCGUGAGUUUGGUGGACGCCGAGGUGGCCGUGGCGACCGCUACGAUGACCGACGUGGCGGCUACGGAGGCGGAAACUGGCGCCGUGGUGGUGAUGACUACCGCGGCUACGGCCGCUACGACUCCUACAGCGACCGUCGCGACUACGGCGGCCGCGAUUACCGUGAUUAUGGCCGUCGCGACUACCGUGACGACUAUGCAGGCGGCCCUGGUGGCAGUGGCAGUGGUGGAUACCGCGGUGGAGCUGACCGCUACGCCUCCGGUGGCCGUGAGGAACGGUACGGUCGUGAUGAACGCCGCGAUGAUCGUCGUGACGAACGCCGUGGUUACUAUGACCGUGAUGCUAACCCUCCUAGUUACGGACAUGGUGCUCCUUCACGCGACCCUUACCCCGGCCGUUCUUAUGAACCUCGUGGUGGGGAAGAUCGGUACGCCGGAAGGUAG